CAAAAUCGGAUACCAUUGAACUACAGGCUUCUCACCCCUCAAUCAGCCUUGCCUUCUCAAAUGGAGAUAGCAACCGCAAUUUUGCAAACCGAACUGAUUUAAGAAAGGGCCCCAAUCAAAGCCCUGUUCAGGAUUGCUCAUCGUUAAUGCGCGGCCAUGAUGCUGAGAAUUGGAGAGUUGAAAUAGGCGAUUGGAUGAAGACUAGGAAGACUUUUGCUCUUCCCAUGUUUGACAAGGUUUCUUUUCCUUAUCCUUGUUCAUCCUCAAAAUCUGGUUGUCUUGCUUCUGCAGUUGAUAAUGGCUACACCGUUAGAGUUGAAUUAGCUAAAAAUAAUGUGGUUCAGGAUCCUGUGUCACACAUGUGUACAGUGCAACUGAAAGCAGAUGGUCCGGUUCUAGAAACGAGAUUGUUUAAUGCGAAUGCUGAUUCGAGACAUCAAAUAGAUUUAAAUAGAUGUUUUACUGAAGAAGAAACUGAAAUGAAUGCCGCCUCUCCAAUUAUGAGAACUGGAACUGUGAUUGAUUUGGAGGCACCAGUGAUAAUUGAAUCAGAUAUAGAUGGGGAAGAUUCUAUGCAAAGCGAAUGUAAGGAACCUCUUGACUUACCUCAUGAGGGCCUUCUCAGAGUUGCAGCUGAGGCUCUAGUUGCCAUCUCAUCAUCCCGAGGUCAUGAUAUGCGGAACAAUGCUGCACAUCAUCUUCAAUAAAGUGCCACUUGUCACAAAACAGAUGCUUCAGAAAAUGACUCCCUUCUUUGGUUUGCAGAAUUAAUUUCUUCACAUGAAGGAAAUAUUGACAAUGAUAAAGUGGCAGAAGUCAAGGGGACUGCCUGUGAUGAAGAUGAUGUGAUGGAUUUCUUUGAGCACCUGACAUUGAAUUUGGUGGAAACCAAGGCAGAGAAGUGUUAGAGUUUUGAAUAGGUUGAGAGAGAAGAAAGAAUGCAGAGAUAAGAGAG